UUUACCAUACAAAAGUAAUUUAUUUGGUGAAGCUUACAUUACAAAAAUUAACUUAUAAACUAAAAAAACACCGUAACAAACAAGUAUUGACUGAUAAUUUACACAUUUUGUUUGAUGGCAUCAUCUACUUCAUCCAAACAACCCUUGAACUUCUGCCAUUGCUCCAUUGUUAACAUAAUACCUUUUCUACCAGGUUUGGCCUCUCCACUUGCAUCUAUAUAAAACUCCCUGAUAUCCACAUACCAUUUUCCUUUGAAUUCAGUAAGUUUAACAUGUCUAUUUUUACCAAUUGUCCAGGAAUUAUCAUCAUUUUCCUUGGGUUUGGGUUUGCUGGAGCUUUUUUCUUUGGUUUUUGAUUUUUUUACUGGUGCUUUCUGGAAAAAAAUUGCACUUAUAAAUUAGCAUAGAUAAUAAAAUUCCUAUAGCUUACAUCAGAUUCUGAGCCUGAGUCGGAGGAUCCUUUGGUUUUUGCCUUUUUGACUGGAGCUCUCUGAAUAAAAAAGUUCACAAUCACAAAUUAGCAUAGAUAAUACAAUUUUUAUAGCUUACAUCAUCAGGUCCUGAGUCUGAGUCGGAGGUUUCUUCCUUCUUUGUUUUGGGCAUUUUAUUUCAACUAUUUACUUUAAUUUUACUUAAAUAACUCAAAAACCCGGCCUCUUUUAGAUGCCGAACUCAGGAAACAGAAACAAAUAUGCGCAUGCGCAAUACAAAAUGGCGGCUAACCGAUUUUAUUGUUCGUCGCAAAUUCAAAAGUAGUUCCAGCGCGCAAAAAUUGCACAAAUGAAGUCACAGCUGUGAGUUUAAAAAAAAAUAAUUUUACCAAACAUAACAUACAAUUUUAAUAGUUUAAAAUGCCUCAAACACUAGAAGAAAUAAUCCCCGCAUUUUCAACAUGGAAAAUGAUAAACGAAACAGUACCGGAUUUGUUAAAAGAUUGCUCUGAAGGCAGUUUAAAGCGUUUAGCAAACAUCAUACAGUCCAAGGAACAUUCCAACAUUUUUAUAUAUGAUAAAGAUCCUAACCUAAGCUAUGAAAAUUAUGAAGAUAUAAUAAACAAAUACAAAGCUUUCACUACAUGGCUACUAGGGCAGUUAUUAUACGUAAUAAGCUGCGAGAAAGUCUCGAAAAUACACGAUUUAAUCGUUAAAACCCAACUAACAAUAUUGGAUAGUUUAUCGAAAACUCAUUUAAAUGUUUAUUCGGAAUUGGCAAGUGAAUAUGCUAAAACCCUGGAAUUGCUGGUUAAUAUUUGUAUAAGUGAUGUAAAUAAUAAUAAGUUGGAGGUUUUUAUACCAAAGGUGCAUGAUGAUUUAAAAAAAUUAUAUGGUAUAUUUGAUCAUAUUCUUGUUGAAAGCUUUACAUUCUUUAGUUUUGAUGAAUCUACUACAAAAAUAUUACAUAAUUUAACAUAUUUAUUAAGUAUGGGACCAUUUAGCAUAAAAACUUUAAUUUCUAAUACUUAUGUAAGCAUUAUAGAAAAAACAAAGUCAUAUCAUGAUGAUUACAGUUUUAUCAUAGUGAAAAAAGUCAUGGAAAUGGCAUCUCUAUUCGAACAAACAAUAUAUGAUGUAUAUAAUGUACAAAAUAAAACAAAUAUUAAUAAAAAUGAUUUGAAAAAGUUUGGUGAAGUUGUAGAAAAGUAUUUUAAUGUAUGCCAUAAUUUUGAUAAUGUGAUAAUAGACAAUAAGAGUAGAAUAAGUAUGUUUGUGUACAAGAAAAGUUUGGAAAAUCAAGAAAAUUUGAUUCCAGAUAAUGUUUUAAAAUCGUGUGUGUUAAAUAUAAAGUCUUUACCAGUUAAUUUUGGGAAAAUUGAGGACUUAUUAGGUAAAUUGGUUGAUGGUUUAAAUUAUUAUGCUUUUGUGCCAUUAAAAAAUAUAAUAUUAGCCAAUAUAACAGAUAGUUUUAAAAGAAACACAACAACAUUGAAGGCAUAUGAAAAUUGUUCUUAUAUAGGAUUAUUGCAAGAACUAAUACUGCAAAAGUUAAAUAAAACAGCUUGUACAAAGAAUUUGUGCAACUUAACAAGGUUUUUAACAUUUUUCAACAAUAUUUGUAAUAUGCUAAUAGAAAUAAAAAUUAAAUCACUGAAGACUCUCAAGAAUGUAACUAUAAUAUUUUUUGAUGAAAAACGUAUAUUUCUGCCGAUAAUUAAUGCAAUUUCACGCCACUCUCAAGGUUGCACACAGAAAUUGGAUCAAAAUGUAUACCUAAAAUAUCUACUCAAUGUUUUCUUUGCCACCAAUUCAAACAACUUGGACAUAAUAUUCACAAUGAUAACCCACCCCUUAUUAAAACCCUUGGUAUACAAAAACGACAACAAUCUACCAGAUAAUUUCAUCGGUGUUGCCGAUAUAAACGAAUUCAAGAAGGGCAUAAGAGCAUUUUACGUUUUUUUGGGUAAAGAAGACGUCGAUAAAACAUUGGCGCUCACUUAUUUGGGCGAUUUUUUGACAAUCCUCUCUAGCAGUAUGGUUGGAAAUUUAAAUGAUUCUCAAGUGGAACACAUUCAAAGAAACUACGCCGUUAUUUUGAAGAAUAUGGUCCAAAAUAAUGAUCCUAACAUCGCCUUGUGUUUAAAGGCUAUCCCACAUAUUUUCUCACUAUUUAGCAAUGCAGAAGAAAUAUUAUUAACAAUAGUAAUACCUAUAUUAGCAAAUACAGAUAAGAAUGCACAAAAACAAACUUUGGACGUUUUGCCAAACAUUUUUUGCGAAUGUUUCCAUGAUUAUUUAAAAAUUAUCUACUGGAAUGAUAAUGUAGAUGAAUUAUCUAUUGAAAUAUACUGUGAAAAAUGUUAUUUGGACCAUAAUAUCGAAGAAAAAAGUGUUAGAAUCAAGGAUUUUGUUAGUUAUCGUUUCAAAGAAGAUUCUGAGGCGAUAUGUUUCAAGAAAAACAGAGUUGAUAUUGGUUCUGUGACUGGUACCCUGUUGAAACACGUUAUAAGACUGCUCACCACAGGUACAAGCGAGUUAAAAGUGGGCGCCUUAGGGAGUUUACCGAAUUUUUCCAACCACGUUGUCAAAUUUCACUCUGUGAAUGUUUUUAAAUUAUGGCUUGAAACUUGUGGGGAUCACAGUAAGGAAGUGAGGCUAAAAUUUAAGGAUAUUAUAUACAAAACGCUUAUAUAUGGACAGGAUAAUACUGUUCUAUCGGAUGACAUCAAAAAAGAAACAUUGGAGAUAAUAUUUAGUGUUAUACUGAAAUUUAGUAAGAAAUCUUUACAAUUUUCGGACUUGGACUUGCAAGAAACCCUAUUGGACACCAUAGACGAAAUAUCUAAUAUUAAAACCCACUAUGUCCAAAUAGAAUCAUUAAAAAUCCUACUGUAUUUUAUAAUAGUGCCUACGUCAAGAUUAUCCCUCAUAGCGAUAAACAAAUGCUUCAAAAUAGCGGAAAAGCGCGGGGAGACAACUAAAACCAUAUUCUCCCAAAACAAAAGGGAGUUCUGCGAAGUCGUAGCCCACCUGUGCUGUGUGAACCAGGCCUUAAUAAACUCCAGUCUGUCGUCGUCGCUGGGCAAGUGCUCGGUGAUGUUCGGCUUCUGCGGGCCGAAGGACUUCGUGUCGCAAAGCCUGGGCUACAUGUUGCCGUUCGUCGUCGCCAAGGUCGUCGAGUUUCCCAAGGUUGCCAGGUUGAUCGAGGAGUACGCCGAGAUGGUCGACAUGGAUGUGGCUGAGUUGCUGGCCAGCAAAUACGGCAACAUUUUUUUGCACGUUUUUUUGAACGAUCGCGAUCAUUUCGAGGAGAUUUCGAGUUACUUGGAGCGGACCACAGGAUCUACCGGGCCGGCGUUGAGGAAAAGGAAUUUCAGGGUCAUUUUAAACGAGCUCCUGAUGAAUUUCCACGAAAAACGGGAACGCGUUCUGCUAGCACUACGUCUACUAUCGAUGGAGGACAAUGAGAACACAUCGAAAAACAUACCCGACUAUCUCCAAUCGCUAUUCCUAGGCGUUCUGCAGUAUUUCGAUGUGAAAUUGCUAUCGAAAAAGGACAACGUACUCCUCAGCCUGGCGGAACUUUUUAAGUUCAUGGGUUCCAAACACAUAACACCUCUAAAGUUCAAGAUCAUUGCCAUGCUGCAGAGUGGAAAGUACAGUAGUUCGCCCAAACUGAACUGCGAGGUUUGGGACGCCUUCAUCAGCAGUUGCGAUAUAGAAUCUCUGGGGCCUCAGUUGGCGACCAUUUUCGUUUCCAUUUUACCUUUGGUUGAAUCGUGCCCGAAAAAGGUCAACGAAAUCUUCAAAUACCUAAUCGUAGACAAUGAGGUCUACACCAGGGAUUACAUACCAGACCUGUUCUUCGUCAACAACGCCAACGUAGAUAAGCCGAUAUUAAGCCAAAUAAAAAAGCACCUGAAAUGUCUGGAACAGCUGAAUCUCAAAGAAAAAAUCAAACGAUUUUUGAAAUACCUCAAGCACGAAACCAACGAAGUCAGAAUCCAAGCUUUGAAGCAUCUAAAGGUGUUAAUGGAGCAAAACAGAGAGGAGCUAGACCAAAUGAUACUGGGCUAUAACGGCAUAGACCAGGUUAUAGUGGAUCUGAUAGAUAUUUUGAUGUUGGCUUGCAGGGAGAAGGAUAGCUCGCUUAAGUUGGCGUGCGGGAACGUUAUAGCUGAGUUGGGGGCUGUAGAGCCAAGUCAUCUGCCCAGAAGAUAUGCUCAGGACAGCAAGUCGUUUAGUUUUUUCAUACAUGAAGACAGUUUUAUUGUCAACACGUUAAAUGAGCUCACUAAAGCAUUCCAAGCUGAAAAAAAUACACAGAGUAUGGAUAGGUUUGCCCUGGCAAUUCAGGAAAUUUUAAAGUCGUACGAAAUUUCACCAGAGGAAAACAGUGCAAAAUCCAGACUGUGGAGACAAUUCCCCGAGUCGCAGCAAGAGUUGAUGUUACCCUUAUUGUCUUCUAGAUACAUGAUGGCGCCCUCUGAGGACCCGAAUUUUACGUAUCCCAUUUAUGGUUCCAAUGUUGGGAUGUCGUUUGAUUCUUGGCUAAACAAUUGGACAUAUAGUUUAAUAUUAAGCCUUCCAAACGAAAUAAAAACGCUUCUUUUGGCAUGCUCGCCAAGUAUGAAACAGGACCAUAGAAUAUUAAUACAUUUUUUACCAUACAUUUUACUGCAUUCAUUAUUGGAAGGCUCAAACGAUAUACAAGAAAAAUGCGUUGUGGAAUUUCAGGCUGUUACAAAUGCCUUCAAAAUCAAGAAAGAACUGAACCAUCGCAUUCUUAAUGCGAGGCCUUUGCCUAUACCAGGUAUGGAGGUUAUUCCUCAGGUUAUAACUCCCGAAGAAGUGAAGCAAUUGGAAUGCACCAAAGUUGUGUUUCUGCUGUUGGAUUUUCUUGACCGUUGGUUAAGAGAGUGGAUGUGGCUCAAGGGUCAGUCUGGGAACAGUAAUGAGAAUUAUCAGGCACUUAAGAACUUUCAAAAUCGUUUCUGCAACUUACACCUUGCAAAAUGCAACUACCACUGCGCAGAAUACCCGAGAGCCCUAAUGUACCUAGAAGACUACAUAACAAAAAACCCGAAAGAAAAAGACAAUCACUUAAGUUUCCUUGCAGAGAUCUAUGCUCAGUUAGAUGAACCGGAUGGCGUGGCUGGCGUAACAGCCUUGCAACAAAAAGAACCUUCGGUAGAGGAAAGAAUUUUAUCGUUGGAGGUUGCGGGAAAAUUGGCCGACGCAGCUGCGUGCUACGAAAGAAUGACUCCCCCCUUAAAAUUGCACCAUUUGCAGGGUCUCGUUCAAUGUUACCUCGACUUGGACAACGUCAAUACGGCCCUGAAUUUCGCCCAGGGCGCCGUAAAUUUGCAGCCGGAGUUCGGUAAUAUGCUGCUGGAAAUGCAGGCCGAACCUUUAUGGCGUUUGGGCCGAUACGACGAUUUGGACAAAUUUUUGAACAAGGACGACAUGGUGAAUAACAACAGUUGGGGUGUUAAUAUCGGUAGAUCCUUGCUGCAUGUUAAAAAUGGCAAGAGAGAUCUAUUUAACCAAGUAAUAGACGAAAUAAAAAUCCAACAAGUGGAAUCCUUGGGUGCUAGCAGCAUGGAAAUGGGGGUCUACCAAAGAGGCUACAGCUACAUAUCUCGACUCCACGCUAUAAACGAACUGGAGCAGGUCGAAAAGUGCAUAAACGAACUGCUAUUGAAACCUAACGACAAAAACUAUGCAGAAGCUAUUAUGAAGAAGUUGUCCAUGGAAUGGGAAUUGAGAAUUAAAGUUGUGCAGGAGUCCAUAAGGAUCAUAGAGCCGGUUUUGUGUUUGAGAAGGGCGGCUCUAAACAUGGGAAAAAGUAUUAUUGAGGAGAAGGCUCCGGUCGGUGUGAAAUUUUUUAAUGCCCUUUUGGGGGAGAGCUGGCUGAUGAGCGCCAAAACUGCCAGAUCUGCUGGGAUUCAUCAGCAAGCUUACACUUACACAAUUAAAGCUGAAGAGUACGCUCCUCAACGUUUGUUCUUAGAGAAGGCCAAGCUUCAUUGGUUAAGGGAAGAACAUGAGCAGGCCCUGACAACUUUGAAGCGAGGUCUGGAGCUAGUUAUGCCCGAAACCGGAAGUACGCAGGCCAUGGCUGCCUUAUCUCUAGAACAAAAAAAAAUAUGUGCAGAGGCCAUGCUUUUAACAGCUUCCUAUAAUGAUUCAAUAUCAAAUGUAGAUACAGAAAUCAAUGUUCAGUAUUAUAAGGAAUCAUUUGAAACCUACAAGGAAUGGGAAAAGAGUUUGGUAUGCUUGGCACAAUACUAUGACCGUAUAUUCCAAACUCACUCUGACGAGGAACGCGAUACAAAAUGCGCAAGCAUUCAACUUCACAUGAUAAACUACUUCUUGAAAUCCCUUCAGUUUGGCACUGAGUUCAUCUACCAAUCACUGCCGAGGAUUUUGUCGAUUUGGUUCGAUUUUGGCACGAGAUUGUUGGACGUCACUUCCAAUACUGUAAAGGAAGAACGGAAAAAUAUGCUGUUCAAAAUGACCAAGUUGAUUGAUGAUUCUCUGAAAAGGUUGCCGGCGUAUAUUUUUUUGACCGCCUUUUCGCAGAUUAUUUCCAGGAUUUGUCAUCCACAAAAGGAGGUUCACCAAGAACUCAAAUCCAUAAUAAUAAAACUUCUGCAGCACUACCCUCAACAGUGCUUGUGGAUGAUAAUUUCCGUGGUAAAAUCCAGCUACGCGAUCAGAUCGAAGCGUUGCAUGGAAAUUCUGAACGACUCGAACCUCAAAACGGGUUCCAUGCUCAAACUGGUCAAAGAUUUCACCAGUUUGGCCGAAAAACUGAUCGAAUUGUGCAACAAGGAGAUACCCGCAGACGUCAGUUCCACCAAAGUCAGUCAGCUGCUGAGGGCUUUGCCCAGGAUGCUCACCAAAAGCGACUUCAGCGAAAUAAUGAUGCCCACGCAGAAGUUCCGCAAACUGGUCCUUCCGAAUCCCGAUUUCAAAAGCAGUCAGCACAACCCGUUCCCGAAUUUUUACGUGCACAUUGCCGGGAUAGAAGACGAAGUGUCCGUAUUAGCCAGUCUGCAACGACCAAGGAAAAUCACCCUUAGAGGAUCCGACGGAAAAGGGUAUAUUUACAUGUUGAAGCCCAAGGACGACUUACGCAAGGAUUUUCGAUUGAUGGAGUUCAACGAUAUCGUCAAUCAGUUAUUGUCUCGGGAACCGGAGGCCAGACAAAGAAGAUUGAACAUCAGGCUGUAUUCUGUGGCGCCUUUGAAUGAGGAAUGCGGUCUUAUCGAAUGGGUUAACAAUUUGGUCGGUUUGAGGCCCAUUUUGGUCAAUUUGUACAAGCAAAAAGGAAUGUUAGUUAGAAACAAGGAACUAAACGAAAUGAAAUGCAACUUAAAAGAUUCUCUGGUGAAAAAACGCGAAGUAUUUUUAAAACUUUUGUUACCAAAACAUCCCCCAGUUUUAGGCGAAUGGUUCAGAAAAACGUUUCCAGACACCCAGAACUGGUUGACAGCAAGAACAGCCUAUACCCGUACUACAGCCGUUAUGUCUAUAGCUGGGUAUAUUCUGGGUUUGGGGGACAGACAUGGGGAAAAUAUACAGUUGGACUCCACGUGUGGAGAUACAGUUCAUGUCGAUUUUAACUGCCUCUUUAACAAAGGUGAAGCUUUUGAAUGGCCAGAACGCGUCCCAUUUAGACUGACGCAAAAUAUGGUGUCAGCCAUGGGCCCUCUAGGGGUCGAAGGUGUAUUUAGAAAAUCAUGCGCAUGCACCUUAAGAGUACUAAGAAACAACACAAACACAUUAAUGUCUAUUGUCACACCUUUUGUGUACGACCCAUUGGUAUCGUGGCCAAGAAACGCGGCUUCAAGCCACAGUAAUGCUGAAAGAACCAACGAACAGGCUGUUGAACACGUAAAAAAUAUUGAACUAAGACUACAGGGUAUUAUUAAAACUAAAAACAGGUCGUUUUCCAUACCCCUCUCCGUUGAAGGACAAACAAAUAACUUAAUAAAUGAAGCUAUAAGUGUUGAUAAUUUAUGCCAAAUGUAUAUUGGAUGGGGGCCUUACAUGUAA